AUUCUACAAGACAAACUAAACUAAAGUCAUGUAAUGCAAGAUAAGAUAUGCAUUGUACUGAACACCCCGUUGUGGCGGCAUAUGGGUUUCUAUUCUUAAUUUGGUCAUGAACCUUUUAACAAAUUUUAAUAGGAAUAUUGUCCAGAAUAAAGUGAAAUGAAAAUACCUUAUGAUGUUCCUGAAGCAUUCAUUCUAGUUCAAUGGAUCUAUAGAUGAUGGCAUGGCCUUGUAAAUUAUCAGUCGUCAUGUGUCAUUAUAUACGAGGCAAUCGUAUAAUACGAUUCCUUGUUCUUGCUUUUAGUUUAGUUUUUUAUUGUGAAUAUAUACAUUAUUAUGUGGUGUUGCUUCAGUGUACGUGGCCACAGGCAGGGACAUAUAGUUUUGAUGGAACGCCUCUAGGACUAGAAAAUAAACCAUUAAAGGCUAUGAUAUUAGCUGAUACUCAUUUAUUAGGAUUUAAGCAAGGUCACUGGUUUGAUAAACUUAGAAGGGAAUGGCAAAUGCAAAGGGCCUUUCAAACAGCUAUGAUGUUACACAGUCCUGACAUAGUUUUUAUUCUGGGAGAUCUAUUAGAUGAAGGAAAAUGGUGUAAUGAUUCUGAGUUUGAAUAUCAUGUAAAAAGAUUUCAUAAAAUGUUUAGCAGUCCAUAUAAAACUGAUGUGCAAGUGUUAGUUGGAAACCAUGAUAUAGGCUUUCAUUAUAUGAUGACUCAUCACAAACAUAAAAGAUUUCAAAAGGGCUUUAAUUCACCAUCUGUUAAGAUUAUUCGGAAAAAAAAGAAUAUAUUUAUAUUGUUAAAUAGUAUGUCAUUUGAAGGUGAUGAGUGUAAUUUAUGUAAAGAAGCUAUGGGAGAAUUAAUGGAAGUAAAACGCCAACUAGAGUGUUCUCAGAAAAUAUUAGCAGAUGAAGCUAAUCCUAAUUACUGUAAAAAGUAUAAACAUUUGCCAUAUGUCCGUCCAAUAAUCUUACAGCAUUUUCCUAUGUACAGACAGUCAGAUGAAGAAUGUACAACAGAGGAUGCUGCACCUUUUAAAGACAAAUCUAUUCCUUUUAAACCAAAAUAUGAUUGUCUUUCAGAAGAUGCAACCAAUUUGUUAUUUGAUUGGUUUAAUCCUCGUCUUGUUGUAAGUGCACAUACUCAUCAUGGCUGUUACAAAGUUCACCAAAAUAACAUUCCAGAAUGGACAGUAGCUUCUUUUAGCUGGAGAAAUAAAAAUAAUCCAACAUUCUUGUUGACAACCAUAAGUCCAACUGAUUAUGCUGUGAACCAGUGUUUUAUGCCUCAGGAAACUACAGUUAUAACCAUUUAUAUAUUUGGCUUUGUUUUUAUUAUAUUAAGUUUUCUUAUACAAAAAAAAGUCUCCAAAUGCAGCUCAGAAAAAAAUCGUUAAACUUUUAUUUUAUUUGCUGAGAUUUCUUUCAUCAAUUCUCACACCUUAAGACUCAGUGCAAUCUUUAACAAUAACCUGCCAGCUGUGACAUUAUCAGGGAAACAAUCAGCCAUGCAUUCACUGUUUUUAGAGUAAGAGCACCUGGUUUUGUUUAUAAACAGUGACUGAUAGUUACCCUCAUAACGUCACAGCAACUGUUUUAAUUUUAAUUAAAUUGCAAAAUUAUUUAAAAUUUGGGUUCAUCAUUGUGGAAACUAUUUUAAAGAUUCUUUCCUGUGUACAAACUGUGUGAUUUGAUGAUAUAUUUGGACUAAAACAUAUUCAAACUAAUUAAUCAAUCAAAAAUUUGGUUCAAAUUCCUUUCCAAACUUUGUAUUCGCUGGGAGAUUCCUAUAGCUAAAAAUAAACUGUUGUUAGAUGCCAUGGCUGUCACCUUACUUCAUUGUGGGAGUGUCCAUUUUUCAGUAUAUAUUUUUCAUUACUUACUGUCCAUUUACCAUACAUAUUGAGUCCUAAGUGAAUUCUUAAUUCUUUUCUGUCAACUUCUUUUUCCACUGUUUAAUUGCAGAGUCUUUUGUACAUUGAUACACAUCAAUAUUCCCCAAACCACCUAACCAUUUGGUCAAGAAAUAACAACCACUCCCUCAGUCAAGCUAGCACACAAUAAGCUGGCAGACAAUGGCCAGGUUGCCAGCUACUGAUACCCUGACAUUUUUGCCCAGUGCAUGCCCCGUGGGUGUUUUUUGGGUAAUCCAGUAUUUUUCUAGUAAGAUUUGGUGUCUAUACUUUCCAUAUAUAUACCAAAUUUGCCAUACUUUUAUUGGAAAUACGACCCGAUAAAUACUCUCAGGACAAUGUAUCUUUAACACUAAAUAAUGAAUAAAAUAUAAAGAAUCUUCUGCAGCUGGAAUUCUUUAAUUAUUCUGCUAACCCGUAAGAACUUAGACUGGCCGAAUAUAGUGCUCCUGAGAGUGCCCUACACUAUGUAGAUAUUGACUACCCUGGUGAUGUUUUUCAUAACAGUAUAUCCCUGUUCCCUAGCCGCCAGAUUUAUGACUCUGGAGUCACCAAGGUAGUUAAUAUCUACAUGUAUAAAUGGUUAGAAACCAUUUUAGAAAUAUGAAAUUUUGAUCUGCAGGUCGAUCUCAUGAUUAAUUCAUACAUCAUAAUGAUAUAUUAAUAGUGCAAGAGCUGAUAUCAAAUGUUGAACUGUAGAAUGAAUGUUCAACUCUUAUUCUUUUGUUUUAAAAUACAUAUAUUAACAAUAUGCAUGAACUUAUGACCAGACAUCAUACAUGUAAGCAUUAGUAAAAUAAAUUGAGAAAAUGUUGCUGUAUAUAACAAAUUAAUCCCCUCAAGUUGUUGAUGCCACCCCAAAGCAGACGAGAUGAACAGGAACUGAAAAUAUUGUAAUCCUCAAAUCGCAAUUGUCAGCUGAGUGACCUUUUGCAAUUUUAACAAAACAUUUCUAUUUUUCAAGCAUAUAAAUUCAUUGUUACAUCAUGAAGAAUUUUGAUUGACCUACCAUUUAAAUUAAUCACCAUUGAUUAUGUUUAUCCCCACCAUGAUGUAGGUGUUUUUAUUUAGGUGAAUGCCUUGACUGAGUUCAAUGAUGAGCAAUUUUCACCAAUGCUAAGCAGAGAUAAACAAUGUGAUUGGUUAAGGCUAAGCAGAGAUAAACAAUUUGAUUAAAAUUUUGGAAAACAUUAACUUUAAUUCUAAUUCUAAUACCUUGACUAAGUUUGAUAAUGAGGACUUCCUGCUUAUGCUAAGUAGCAAAGAUUUAAUUGGUAUAGCCUUGGGAACACUAUAACUCUGCUCUUAACUGCUAUCUGAAGUAGAAUGAAUGUACAACUUGGCAUAAUUGUACAUUAGGUAAAUGUUUUGACGGAGUUAGAUGAUUAACAUUUUCCACUACGGCUAAGCAGAGAUAAGCAAUUUGAUUGUUUGGUGCUUUGAUGACAUGAUAACUUUGAUCUUAACUGAGGGGGAGUUAUGAAGCAUUGAUGGAGUUGGAUCAUGAGCAUUCACUGCUUAGGAUAAGCAGGUGCAUGUCCAGAAGGGGGAAGGGGGUAGGUCAGCUCAUGCGGAGCCUUUCAAAGGAUGAUGAUAUAUAUAAUUUAGAUGCUCAGAACUGCACCCUACUUUAUAGACAACAUAAAAACAUACUAAGAUUAACGUAUCUAGCAAUAGAUAAAAUUUAACAAAUGAGUUUCUUAUUUUACAAAUACUAGAUUUUACAGCAAUCAAUAAAAUGUUAAUCAAAUAUAAAUAAUGGCAUGCAGGUUAUGUCAUGAUGAGAAAUUUUAACAAUCCUAGCUAUAAGUAGAUUGUACAAAGUAUCAUAAUAUUAUAUAUAAAAGAAAAUGUUAAUUUAUUACCUUAGAUUGUAUUAUUAACAGCAAUUAAUUUAUUAAGAAUGCAAGAAAAAUUUCAAUAUAUUUUUCUCAGAGUUAAAUGGAAUGCCUUCUGGUGUUUGUUUUUGUAAAUUAUUGAUUAUUUUAGACUGAAAGAGAUAUUCUUACUUGUCUUAAUAUGUUGGAUUGAACACUUAUAGGAUGCAUUAUGUUAGAUUUAGAUAAAGAGCUGACAGUUUUCGCUAGGAAUAUGUUGAAAAUUUCAAUCAAAUUAUUUCAUUCUGAGUGGAGUAAAGACCGUUUGGAGAACCUUAUUACGAUAUUAAACAAAGUCUUGAUUGUCCAUUUAUAAAUUAAAUUAUUUACUGGCAAUUGUGUUUAAAUCCAUUGAAAAUCAAAACCAUUGGAUGGUCUAGAGAGUUGAUUAUGGGCAAAUGAAAGAUCUGCUUUGGGGACAAGGAGUAGGGUUGCCUGUCCAACCUCAUUUGUUUUUCUUCAGGUCCUCUAGUUUCUUCCCAGUGCUAAAGACCCCUACACACAAGCAAAUUAUUGAAAUAAAAUUGAACCAUGUGUUAAUCUCAAAAUGACCUAGUUUGUGUCAAGUGGACAUUAAACCCCAUUUCUUUCUCUCUCUGCUUUAGGGAGAUUUAGCUCUUACAUAAUGCAUCUUAAAAAUGUUGACAUUAGAUUGUGUGCUAAAUUUAAUGUUCAUCAAAUGAUUCAUUUAUAUUAUAUGUAAAUUUUUAUUAUAAGUAUAGAAUCUUUAGAGAUAUUAUUGUGUAGUAUAGUUUUCUCUUUAAGCAGGUUAGUUUUAGAAAAAUUUUGAUUCUUAUUUUUAUUUUGAAUAUAGUAUGUUUUGUAAUUCAAUUCAUCUAUUGUCUAUGUAAGGUACUUAUUCCGUUUCUAUUAAUAUGAAAUUAUACAUUCCCCAUUUAUAUUUUUGGUAUAGCAUAUAAAUAUAAACAGGUAAAAUGUUAUCUGUACAGUAUGUAAACACCUGGUACUAUAAACAAUACAAUCGAAAGUUGUAUAUAUAUACAUUUAUACUAUAACACAUACUUAUGAAAGAACAAGUUAUAUUCAUAGCAUGGCUUUCAUGAGUUAACCUUCGGCCUCGAUGUUAAACCUGUUAACGAAUGAAGCGUGCUAUAAAUGACUUGUAAUUUUGACACCUACUCAACAUGCUUGUUGUUACUGCACAGAAAACCCACCCCACUUCUCUAUAUGAUUUCUACUAAAACUAGUGUAAACCAGCAAAAGAGUGCAAUCAGAUUGAACAUGUCUAGUUAUUGCAGAGUUAAGCUCCACCCAAUCUACUAGAGGGAAAACAAUCUGCUUAUUCAACCAAAAGAACAAUGGGAGAUUUUGCCGUCCAUGUUACAAUUACUUAAUACAGUAGACUCCAGUAGACCUAUACUCUUCAAGUAUAAAUAAUGGUUCUUUCAUAAGUAUGUGUUAUAGUUUAUAGCUCUAUAGUAUAGCCUCUAAAGGAUUAUAUACAUUUAUGUUAGGAUUUUAAUAUUUAUGUACAUGCAAUAAUGCAAAAUAGAAAAAGGUGAUGGUGUUUAAUAUAGUACAGUCAUUUUAUUGUGAUAUUAUUUGCAGGUCUGUAAAACAAGUGCCUAAAGGUUUCCAUUUCCAUUUUAUGUUGUACCUUAUGGAAAUUUGACAGAAUAAAAACUUAUUUAAAAUAAAGUACACCUUGUAGUUGUCUAUAGUUAAGGCAUAAUUUAAUGUUUAGUGUUAAAGUUGCCUAGAUCAUAUUUUUUACCGUUUAGUAUCCAAUUUGACAUUGAACUUCAAGUAGACAAUGCUUUAGUAUUUUAUAUCUGUUUAGGUUGCAGAAAGCAUUUACAUAAAUAGUGUCAAACUUUACAUCUGCAAAGUUACAUAAUUAGCCAGCCAUAAUAAAAUGUAUGUAAAUACAGAUUUUUGUCAUACUUUAUCUUUUAUCUGCUAUGAUAUUCUUUAUAAUAAUUACUGCUAGGAAAUAGUUAUUUUUGAUCUUUUUUGUGACUUUUUGAUCUAUUUUGUGUUGCUGAAAAUGCAUAUGUUUUUGAAAACAUAAUACAUGUUUUGUCAUUAAUUAAUGCAAAUGGGGUUUUAUAUUGCCCCUCCCGCCUCGGCCUCGUACGUUGGUCUGUCGUCUACAAUUUCUUGUGAACACGCUACAGACUACAUUUAUCAUCUGAUUGUUUUGAAAUUGAUAUAUUUUGUUUGCAUUAGUGAAAUAAAAAAUCCUAUUUAAUGUCAAUAAUUUCCGUUAAUUUCUUCUGAAGUUAUGGCCCUUGUUUCACUUUGUUGCAUCUUGUGAACACUCUGACAUAUGUAUGAGUUUUAUAUGCAUCAUUUAAAUUAGUGAAACGAAGAAGUCUAUUGAAAUUCAGCAAUUGCCGUCAAUUACUUUCUAGAGUUAUGGCACUUGUUUCACUUUGUUGAACCUUGUGAAUGCUCGAACGACAAAAGUUAUCGUCCGAUUUUAACAUAUUUAAAAAUAAUGGUAACUUAUCAAGGAAUAAAUUAUGAAAAAGAAAAGUUAUAAAUAUCCAUUUCUAAAAAUGAGAAUGUUAUGAGAAUGUAACUGUCCCAAAGCCUUUCCACUUAAAGAUGUAAGAUUUAGAUAAAGAUAUAAUGUAAAAUGAAAAUAUUGAAAAUUUCAUUCAAAUUACUUCAUUCUGAGUCAAGUUAACAAGAUGUGUGCAUAGUGGUAAACAGGGCACUAGUAUAUUCGAAAUUUAGCCUUGUUUUCCCGUUUUUAAAUUAAAUUUUUGAAAUGCGAACCGUUCUAAUCUAGUUACAAUCUCAUGUAUCCAAUGCCACUGAGAGUUGAUUAUGGUCUUGUUUUGUUAAUAAAUGUCUAAUUAAUAGUUUAUAUAACAUUUCAGGCCUAAAGAAAGACCUGCAAAAGGCAGAUUUAUCUCUUGCAUAAGGUAUGUUUAACUGAGGGAAACGGCCCUAACAGCAAGUCUGGGAUUCCUUAUUUAGCUUCCAAAAAUAAAUGAUUUCAAUACUGCAGUUUGAAUAUAGUUUUCUUGCAUUCUUUUGUAAUAAAACUGUCAUAUUUUAUUAUUAAAUCUGAUCUCUUUAUUUAUUGGGUUGGUUUUGUUAUAUAUAUAUGUAUGUCUGGUUAUGCUACCUUGAUAUUUGCUCAUUAAUAUCAUUUAACAAAGUUGUUUUAUUUAAUAAAUUCAUGUGCCUUUAGUAUAUUAAAUGUUUUAUAUUAUAUUCUAUGUUCACCUGUUAAAUGUUAUCUAGUUUAGUCCCAAAAAUCUGCAGUACGGGGGUAAUGGGAAAACUCAGAGCUUGUGGCUAAUCCCAGAUGAAAAUUAUGGAUCUAACCCAUCACUUGACAUGGGUGACAGACUUUGUGAUCUGCAGGAUUAUAUUUUACAAUCUUUUUUUUAAUAUAGUAGACCCAUGACUUUAUGAAUAAGUCUGAAGUUUGCAAGUACUAUUCCAUUCAAAGACUUUUUGUAUUCAUUCAUACUGUUUACAGAUGUUAGUUUAUCUUUGAACACAUUCUAUUAGUCCUGCUUUCGAUGUACGCUACGUCGGCGAAAAAGUCGGUCAAAUGGGAGUGUUUUUCUGUAAGCGACUUUUUCGCUGGCGGUUUGUUUGUUUUUUCGCAUGAAGUGUGCGUUUCUGCGCGUGUUUUUGCCGGUAAUAUUAUAUGCAACGGCAUUUGACCGACUUUUUUCCUGGCGAAAACGCGUACAUGGAAAAUGAAUCUUAAGUGUUAACUAGGAAGCGAUCGUGGACCCAGAUGGUCGAUACGGACCAAUUUGCGUACCGAAGAUGCCAAAAUUGCUUGAAUUUUACUUUACAUUCAAUGUCCGAAAUGAUAUUUGAAAGCACCUUUCGUUGCAUAUAAUCAAAGAACAACGAUUGUCUGGUGACGCACUACACACAUGUUGUGUUGUCCCCCGGUUAUCGAAGAAAGCAGGGAACUAUUAAAAUGGGUUCGUCGGUCGGUCUGUCUGUCUGUCUGUCCGUCACACUUUUUGGGACACAAUAACUCCCUUUCUAAUUGCGCUAGAAUGUUCAAACUUGGUGUAGGUGUUUAUUAAUAGGUCAAUACCUUGAUGGAGUUCGGAGAUAAGCAAUUUGAUUGGUUGAAGCUUUGGGACACGGUAACUUUAGUUCUAAUUAAGUGAGAGGGAUGGAACUUUGUGUAUAGUUUCAUUACAUCAAUACCUUGACUAAGUUCGAUAAUGGGCAUUUUCUGCUCAGGGUAAGCAGAGCGAUAAGCAAUUUGAUUGGCCAAGAUUUUGGAACACAAUAACUCUCCUUCUAAUUGAGCUAGAAUGUUCAAACUUGGUGUAGGUGUUUAUUGGGUCGAUGCCUUGAUGGAGUUCGAAGAUGAGCAUUUUCUGCUUAGGGUAAGCAUAGAUAAACAAUUUGAUUGGUUGAUGCUUUGGGACAUGAUAACUUUAGUUCUAAUUAAGUGAGAGUGGGGACAAUUGGUGUAUAGCUUUAUUACAUCAAUACCAUGACUAUGUUCGAUAAUGAACAUUUUCUGCUGAGGGUAAGCAGAGCGAUAAGCAAUUUGAUUGGUCGAGACUUUGGAACACAAUAACUCCCCUUCUAAUUGAGGUAUAGAAUGUUCAAACUUGGUGUAGGCAUUCAUUAGGUGAAUCCCUUGAUGGAGUUCGGUGAUGAACAUUACGGUAGGCAGAGAUAAGCAAUCUAAUUGGUUGAUAAUGAAGUGAGAGCGAUGAAACUCUGAAUAUAGAUAGAUUCAUUAUAUAAUUACCUUGACUAAGUUCGAUUGUGCGAAUUUUCUGCCUGGGCUAAGGAGCGAUAAGCAAUUUUAUUGGUCAAGACUUUGGAACAUAAAAACUCUGCUUUUAAUUGAGGUAGAAUGUUUAAACCUGAUGUAGAUGUCUUGACUGACUUCAAUGAUUAACAUUUCAAGCUAAAGCUAAGCAGAGCUAAUCAAUUUCAUUGGUCGAUGCUUUGGGACAAGAUAAUCUUGAUAGAGCGUGAUGAAACUUAGUGUGUAGUUUGAUUGCUCGAUACUUUUGAAAAAAAUAAAUGUGCGAUUAAUUAAUGUGUCAUCUAUUUAUUUUGGGAUUUCGGCGGGGGACAUCAGCCUCACUGUUGGCUUGUUUCUACUAGGUCAUCUCCAUAUCGCAUAUACGAAUAAGAUAAUUAGCUACGGCGUAUUAUGUAGUAUGGACCAUUUGAUUAAAGUUAUAUAAUUUUU